AAAGAAUAAAAGAACAAUUUAUAUUUUAUUUAUAUUUUUGUAAUUUUUUCACUCAUUCGCUGUCUCCUUUUUCAAAAGAAGAAACUGAAUCCUUCACUCUGUUGAGACUUGGAAGCUUAGUAAUACAAAAUCGCAUGCCAUGGACGCUUUCAGGAAACAAGCUAGCAAGCUAAGAGACCAAGUUGCCAAACAGCAACAGGCUGUAAUUAAACAGUUCAGCGGUAGCGGUUACGAGAGCUCAGAUGUUGUGGUCAUUGAUGAGGUUGAAUUGCAGAGACAUCAACAUAUGGAGAAGUUGUACAGAGCUACCCGUGCCGGCAGGGAUUUCCAAAAAGAAAUUGUUAAAGCAGCAGAAACAUUUACGGCUAUAGCUUAUAAGCAUAUUGAAACAGGAACAAAACUUUCUGAGGAGUGCUGUAGAUACGGAGCAGAGAACAACAGUGACAACAUAUUGGCUAAAGCAGCAUCAGUUUAUGGCGAUGCUCGCAAGCAUGUAGAAAAGGAGCACGAAGAAUUGAACCGGCUUUUAUCUUCCCAGGUUUUGGAUCCUUUGAGACAAAUGAUCAUCGGCCCACCUUUGGAGGAUGCUCGUCAUCUUGCUCAGCGGUAUAGUCGGAUGAGACAAGAAGCAGAGACACAAGUAAGUCAUUGUUUGGAAUGAAUUUGCAAUCUCUAU